UAAUAUUUUGGUCAGAAAUAAAAGAAAUUUUGAUGCUUAUAUUUUUAUACAGAAACAUAAAGAAAAACAAAAGAUGAUUGCUUGGAACUCGGCACAUGCACUUAUUUGGAUCAUUGUCGUUUUGUGUAUAACAAAAUUGGCAUCUUCUAACGAUUGUGAAGAGGUUUCUCUUUCAUCAAUUGAAUCCAAUUUAUUAAAGGAGAAUAAUGCCAAACAACAAAUUUGUGUUAAUGGAUGGAACGAUACUGCUGUUUGGGCAAUAUGGGCUAACGUGGAAAUUAAAGCAGUAGCCCAACCCAAUGAUGCUAUCAACGUGGUCUCCGAAACGAGCUGUGAGAAGGUGAUCGAGAGACACAAAAGUGACACAAGUUCUUAUUCUUUUGCAUCAUUUUGGAAACGUUCGUACGAAGGAAGCGUAAGAUUGUCUUUUUCUCCGUACGGAACGAACUGCUUUCUUUUCUAUGUAAAAAAUUCGCAGAUGUCAUGGAAAUCUCUUGAAGUAAAAUAUCAUCGAUUUAGUUGGAAUCAUCUUUUUGCGACGAUUGUCGGUUUAAUCUUCUUUUUCAAGGCGGACGAGAUAUCAAGGAGCAUUAUGUUUUACUACACGGCUGGUGUAUCGUUGGGCAUGAUAAUGGCGUUGUUCCUGCUUUUGUUUAUUGUUUCGAAGUUUUUACCCAAGAGAGGCCUCGGUUAUGCGUUCAUGUUCUGUGGCUCCAGUAUCGUUCUGUAUGUCUUUCAAGUAGUCGGUGAACAGUUGUUCAAAGGAAACCAAACUAAUUACACUUUUAUACUCGCUUACUUCAUCACAGCAGGUCUCAUUAGCUUUUUAUAUUGUUACUACCGUGGACCAAUCCAAAGCUCUCGUGGCAUCGACAUCAUGCGGUGGUCUUUGCAAUCGCUGGCAUUAGUAGUGAUUUACUACAGUAUAAGAUGUGAAAAAAUAUCACUCACAGUCACGAUAAUACUUGUGUGUAGCAAAUGGAUUUCGUUUCAUGCAUUUUUACAUUACGUGUUAUCAAGAGGAUGGAUUCCCUAUCGUAUACAAUCAUAUUUACGUGGGCCACGGUUUAUCAGUGUGGAAGAAUAUGAGAAGCAAGGAAUCCUUGAAACUGCCAAAGCUCUUAAAGAACUACGAGAGUAUUGUCAAAGUCCCGAAUGCAAUACAUGGAAGACGGUUUCGAGACUAAAAUCGCCGAAACGAUUUGCUUCAUUCAUGUCAGACGGCGCAGACAUCACGUUAGAAGAACGAAAUACCCAUGAUGAGGCAUCGUUUGACUAUAUGCCUUUCUUGACAAGCGAUGAAGACAGUCAGGAAGAGUUGGAUUGCGAAGAGCUGUAGGGAAAAAGCACAUUUAUAUGAAGAUAUUGACUUGUUUUUGUCACGUGCACCAAAACAAGAAGACCAUGUUGGACGAACAAGUACUGUAAAUUCUUUUCUUAUUUUAAAACAUUGGGAUUGAAAUUUUAUUUAAAGACUUUCAGUUUCCGUCUUGUCGGAAAUCCUGUUCUCGAUGUGGAUAUUUAUUAAUUAUCAAUUAUUAAUUACCAAUCUUCUUCAAAUACUCGAGAGCGUCAUAUACUAAAAUUGUUGAAAUUGUACGCGUCAACUUUUCUAGUUUAACGGUUAAUGCAAAGUGCGGAUCGACUCAAA